AUGAAGGAAGAAAGUCCUCCGAUCGAACAGGAAUCUUCACAGCUGUCUUCAGCUGUUCCUUCACCAACAGAGAAAAGCAGGAAAGUCGAAAGAAGCAGUUUUUUAAGCAUGGUACAUAUAGUCGCUGUGGGACUCCCUUUAUUGGUGAUAUGGUUUGCCCAACCUGGAACAAGUAAGUGAUCUUUACAUCGUUCAUGUUUGUUUUUCAUGUAAAAUCUUAUAAGCUGAAAGAGGCUAAACGCUUUUUUACAUAUAGAAACCUUUCACUAAAGUCGCCCUUUUGAAAGAAGUCAGUCUAAAAGUUUAAGAAAAUUGUUUAGUACUAAUCUAAAGAUUUUUCUUAAAUUUUUAGCUAACUUAAACAAAAUACCCGGACGAUCAAACUCAACCUACUUUUGAAAUGACUCCUGGGUUCAAACCUUUCUCAGUUUUGAACAAAAUAUUAGUGCAAGUAAAUAGAUUCCCUACUAUUAGAGGUGAGACUCUAAAAAAUCCCUGAACCAAAAUUAAAGUUCAAUAAGCUUAAGCUUAUUAUUUUACCUCAUCCUUUUUUACCAGUGUACUAUAUACAUAAACAAAGUACUUGAAAAUUUGGUGCUCUUUGCUCUGUUGGUGAGGAAUUUGGUUUCAUCAUGGGAGUUGAGAAUGUAAACUGAGUACCUUAAUAAAGUGAUUUAAAAGCUGACCUCAGGCAACGUGCUAUCACCAAAAACAUCAGCUUUUAGAUCUGUGUACAGACCACAGUAUAAUUCUCCCCCAAAAUCCUAAACAUGUGAAUUUUGGUAGAAUCCAGAGUAUUCCCUUGUCUCCACUGGUAACAUGAAACAAAACUGAAUAAAUUUUUCAAACCAUACAUCUUGUGGUUUUCUUGUGUUUUUGAAAUUUGUUUUGUUCUUCGUCACAAUCCAUUUAGGUCUGUUUUCGUGGCAUCCUACCCUUAUGACGUUGAGUGUGAGUAUGUUGGACAUGAAUGUAUAUUUUGUUAGAUUCCGAGAGUAAAUAAAUCAAAAUUCAGGGGAAAAAAAUUUGUAAAUACUGAAGGAUGAAUCUUUCACCAAGUGAAGAAAUAAUAGGAUCAACUUAUUUAACACAUGAUCUUAUACCUGCAUUAACUCCGUCAAUCAAUUUAUUGCCUAAAAAAUAAAUGACAAACAGUUUGCUUUCACUGGCAUGAAACAAUGACAUAUUUAUGACUUCACCUUGCGAUCUCUGGGUCUUAUUGGCUAUGACUUUUGUUGGUCACUUCCUUUGAGAAUCCUGUGGAGAUGAGGCUGUAUAGUUACUUAAAACAUCUGAUCAGGACUUGAAAAAUCUGUUUUUGGCCAUUGCUGUUUACUGCUCCUGUUUGUAUUCUAUGUGCUUUAAAAUAUGUUGACCAAGCCGUGGUUGUUUUGACUCCUCUGAACUUAUUUUGGCUGUCCACAAAUAACUUCAUUUCCUUUUUAUUUCAGUUUGGUUUCCUGAUGUUUGAGGCAAUCCUGAUGUUUUCACCACAAAGUUCACUUAUCUUGUCAUUCCCUCGUGCAACCAAGAUCAAAUUCCACUGGAUUCUACAAACUGCAGCUGUGAUCUUUGCACUAGGGGGCUUUGCAGCUAUCUAUAUCAACAAGAAUAUGCACAACAAACCACAUUUUCAAAGCUGGCAUGGACUUUUUGGUUUCUGCACCGUUAUCCUCAUCUGUCUUCAGUCUCUCCAGGGUGUAGCUGUUUUGUACCCAAAGUGGCCUCUUGCAAGAAAGAUGAAACCACGCCAGUUGAAACAGUUGCAUGCUGUUUGUGGAUCUCUUGUGUUUCUUGUUGCCUGUGCUACUCUUGGUCUUGGCUUUUACUCAAACUGGUUUACAAAGAAUGUUCACGUUUAUGUUCAGUUCUGUAGUGUUUUGUCUUGUAUAGCAUUUGCGGGCAUUGUUACUGGCCAGGUAUAUACUGAGUAUGGCUUAAAGAGGCCUCUUGGAACGUAAUAGUUGUUUGAAUAUGUAGUCUUUUUUUGUUCUUCCCAAUUAUAUGAACUGCUUUUUCGGAAGCUUUUGCCUUGGAUAAAAAUUUUACAAAUCUAAAAAAUAAUGUAUUCAUUUUAUUAAAUACUUAUUUAACAGCAGUGACUAACAUGAGGUAGAACUACAUGCUGGUUACAUUAAGUGUAGUUCCAAGCAUUUUAAAUUUCAGACUCGUUUUUUUUUUUUGCUGGGGCUCAUGAUAAUGUUUGGUUGGUUUGAUUGAUUUCCUUUUUUGAACCAUCUCAGACUAUAGUUGAAAUGCUAGUGAAAAGCAGUAUGCAGGAAUUAGCAGACCUCAAUUUUGCAAAAAUUAAUAUAAAUUAUGCUUGUUUGAUAAACUUUACUUGCAUGUGAUGUGUAGCGGUUGUGUGUGUGUUGAGGAAUAGGAACCAAAUAUUAGUAUAGCCAGCACUAUCACGUUUUUAGCCAAAAAUGGUUGAACUUAUCUCAUACCUUUAUCUUUAUGCCAAUUACAAUGCUGUCAUUAACACAGAGGGGUAGAAGGACAUAGAAAGCUUUUAGGAAGGCAGACAAAAGCAGGAAAACAAAAGGAAUGAAAAGUUUAAUUUGUUAUGUAACAAGGAAGUCAACUUGGAAUAGUUACAAAAUUCUCUACUUCUACAGUUUUCUGCUUGCACAUAGGGGUAGGGGGGUAGAAGGACAUAGAAAGCUUUUAGGAAGGCAGACAAAAGCAGGAAAACAAAAGGAAUGAAAAGUUUAAUUUGUUGUUUAACAAGGAAGUCAACUUGGAAUAGUUACAAAAUUCUCUACUUCUACAGUUUUCUGCUUGCACAUAGGGGUAGGGGGGUAGAAGGACAUAGAAAGCUUUUAGGAAGGCAGACAAAAGCAGGAAAACAAAAGGAAUGAAAAGUUUAAUUUGUUGUUUAACAAGGAAGUCAACUUGGAAUAGUUACAAAAUUCUCUAUUUCUACAGUUUUCUGCUUGCACUAGACAGAUACAUUAUCAGUUCAUAUUAAAUUCAAAUCAUGUGAAACUAUUAAACUGAAUACCAAAGAUUUUUACCAAUAGGACAAUUGCAUGAUAAACAUCAUUUUACAACACUGUACAACUACCAGAAUGCUUUGGUUUGUUGUUUUCUUGUGCAAACUAAGGCUAUUGUUCUUUACACCUCAGCAGGAUCACCAAUUUUAAACAGCAAAG